AUUUAAGAGGUUAGAAAACUUAUUUUUUUCUUUAUCUGUGUCAAUUUCUUACAACUAGUUUCGUUUCUGCAUUAUUGUUAGUUGCUGUAGGUGAACCUUCGAUGCCUUCAUUUCUGUUACCUUGUAUCAGCAUCAGCUGCAUAUUGUUUAUCCUAUUGUUGAAUGUUAUGAAAAAUGACAUGCAAUGUGGUUGACACGUGCAUUAUCUCAAGCAAUCUCAAGUGAUACGUUGUGUGCUUUCAAAAACUUGUUCCAUGACAAUCGGUUUUCUUCGAUUGUGCUUGAAGAACCCACCAAAUAACACCAAUACUAAGAAGAAAUAGUCGAUCAUGUCAGACAAUUUAACUCGACAGGUAGAAGAAAUAGAAGCAUUGUCUUCAAUUUAUGGAGAUGAAUGGAGAACAGAGGAUGAAACUCACCGCUCAUAUAGUAUACUCAUUAAAGAAGGGCCAAUGUCUGUUACUAUGUAUGUGAAGUUACCUCCAGAUUACCCAUCUGAAUCUCCACCUGUUUUCCAGCUUUCUGCUCCAGAAUUAACACACAGUACAAAGCAACAGAUUAACACAGAAUUAAAUAAUGUAUACAUUGACAAUAUCGGAGAAACUAUAAUAUACUCAUGGGUGGAAAAAAUACGUGAGAUCUUGCAAGAUGCUUGUGCGAAAGCCAAACAAGCUGUCAAGGAGAAAAUAGUUAUUCAGCAUGAAGAAGAAUAUUGCGUGUCUGCUCUCACGAAUGUAGAUAUUCCAGAUAUAACUCACGGUGAACCUAUUACAGACAGGAAAAGUGUCUUCCAAGGCCAUGCUAUUUAUGUAGAAAGGGUGGAACAAGUCAAAAAAGCACUUGAGGUGCUGUGUAGUAACCGAAAAAUUGCAAAUGCAACUCAUAAUAUAUAUGCAUAUCGAAUUUUCAAACCAGACACCAAAUCCUAUAUACAAGAUUGUGAGGACGAUGGAGAAACACAAGCUGGAGGUCGACUUUUACAUCUCUUGCAGAUUCUAAAUGUAAAAAAUGUACUUGUUGUAGUAUCUCGAUGGUAUGGCGGUGUUCACUUGGGCCCAGAUAGAUUCCGUCACAUAAACAAUGCUGCCCGCCAAGUACUGUGUGACGCCAACUUUAUAAAACGAUAAUACAGACGAUUACGCAUGAAAUUAAUUUAAGACACUCAUGGAUUUUGGAACUAUUUUGUAUAUAACAUGUAUAUAGGUCUGGGUUUUUGCAUCUUUAUAAGUAAGAUAAUUCAAUGUAAAUGGAAAAUAAAACAUAAUAUAUUACAUUUAUAAAAAUCUCUACAGACAUUCAAGAUAAACAUUGAAAACCAUUAGAAACCAAAACCAAAAUAUUAAAUAAAUAAUGUUGAAACCUAAACAUUACCUUAUUCAUUCACAAAUACAAAUUAUACAAAUCUACAUAUUAAAACAAUAUUUAUCAGAAAGUAAUUAGUAAACUAACCAUCACCCAAAUCUCACACUAAAGAUAAAAUAUUCUAUAAAACAUUUAUUCAAUACUAUCAUAUGAAAUAACUCAAUGACUUAAGAUAACUAAUUACAAUAUGCAACAAAAAUUGAAAACAAAAAUCAACAACACUGACCUUUUUUAGAUUCAUUCUGAUUUACAGAAUUAGAUGUCAUGAAAGACAAAAUUUUAUAUAAACUAUUAAACUCCUAAUGCUUCUGGAACAGUAGUAGCAGAUGGCCCUUGAAAAUGAAACCUACAAAAUAAGGAAAAUCAAUUGAUAUAACUCAUACUAUAUAAUGUAUACUUAUAAUUCAGAUUUCUAUCUGUUUUAUUUACAUUGAAAUAAAUGCACAAAAUAAAGUUGUUAAAAAAUUAGAAGUGUUCCUGUUAAGACUCAAUGCACAGGGAGGGAAGAUGUGUUGGAGAGACAACAGGGACAGAGGAAAAUUAUUGGGACGCUUUGUUACAACUUUAUUUUGUAUUCAUUCCAGUUGUAUCUGAAAUGAUCAAACUUUUCAUGAAAUGAACUAGUUUGCAUGAUUUUGUCAUUGAAGCUGAUGACAAAAUUAUUCAUUUUUACCUUUGGUAAAAUAAAACAAUGUCUUUAAUUACAAGGAUACUUUCUAGUACUCUUUAAAAAAAUUUCAUUUAUGAACAAAGUCAGUAAAAGUCGUACCAAUAUUAAAUAUUGCACAAUUAUACACUAAUUCCAUAACAUCUUAAAGCCCCUGCAUAUGAGCAUUGCAUUAGCGUGUGUUUGUAGUGCAUCUUAGAAUAACACUGUAUUUUAUGCAAAACAGCACGCGCUUUGGCUGUUCAGCAUAAGAGAGAAUUAAUCUAAGACGUGUGUUACUUAUUGGGUGUCAAUUCACUACUCAUGUGACACAAGCCUUGAUAUUGUAUUCACUUACUGAAAAACAUUAGUAGAUGGA